AUGAAUUUGUUUUGUAAAAGCGCUCACUAUUUACGUGUUGUCCGCACCUCAGAGAUCGACACCGAACUCAGUGGCCAUCGAUUGCGACAGAUUGUCAAUACGAUGGGAAUCGCCGACGAAGACACCGAAGACGAUGAGCUUAGAUAUUAUCUUUUGAUGAGAUUAGUGGACAAAUUCUAUUCGUUUCAUAACCGAUAUCCCGGUCAGUCUCACGAUGAGGUCGAAAGUGAUGUCUCUCUUCUUAAGUCAUAUCUCAAAGAGAUUUCUAAUGAAUUUGGAUCUAAUUCUAUAAUAAAGGACGACUUAAUCCAUGAAAUUUGUCGUUACGGAGGAUCUCAAUUGCAUUCAAUCUCGGCAUUCAUUGCCGGCUGUGCCGCACAGGAAGCCAUCAAAAUCCUCACUUCACAAUAUAUUCCUAUCGAUAAUACAUUUGUCUAUAACGGCAUGACUUGUGUGACCAAAACUUAUAAACUCUAACCCAACUGUUGUAUCAAUAAUUGACACCAAACUGUGAUCUAUAAAUUGCUUAUUAAUAAUCUAUUCAAUAAUAUUUAACUUUAUUUCGGUCAACAGUUUGAGACUCGCAUUGGAGUCCAUAUAUGCAGACAAUAUCACAAGAAUUGACUCCAAUUCGUUGCUUUAGUAUUAAUAAAUAACAUAGAUUUGAAACUAAUUACACAAUUUGUUAAACUUUGUACUCUAUAUUGUGAUUGAAUUAAACUUAUUUUGUAUUAAAUAUGAAUUAAAAUAA